CUGCUACGGACCUAGUGCUAUUCUCAGUUAUGCGGUGUCCUCCCCCCUCAUCAAUCCCCCAUCUGUUGGAACUUAAAGCACCACCAGCCCGGGUCAAUCACGGUGUAGUACGUGCGGUACACUAGAGCCCGCUAUCAAUUUGGGAUUUCGGGAUAACUACACUGGGGCCAAACCUUUCAGAAGUCAAGAUUUCUGGUUCAAUCACCACUGUUUCUUCAGGGUGGUGAAAGAAUAUUGGGUUAAUCAGCCCAUGACUGGAGGGAUGAAAGGCCUUGCUACAAAACUAAGAGGGCUCAAACCUAUUCUUAAAGCCUGGAGUAAAGAGACAUUUGGAGACAUCUUUCAGGCGGUCAAGGAUGCAGAAAGCAAAGCAAUGAAAGCGCAGGAAGAUUUUGAAGGCAACCCAAGAGAUGAACUAAGAACUCUAGCCAACAAAGCAAAUGCUGAGCUUAUUGAAACUACCAAUACAGAAACCCAAUACUGGAAGCAAAAGGCACACAUUAAAUGGAUGGAACUAGGUGAUCAAAGCACUUCUUACUUCCAUUCAUAUGUGAAAGGCAGAAGAAGAAGCGCACUGAAGAUCACAAGCAUUUUGGAUGGAAAUGGAAAGAAGACUUUGGAGGUAGAGGCUAUUAAAAAGGAGGCAGAGGUUUAUUUUAAGGAGGUGUUCAGUGCCUCCAAGAACAUUGAUCCUGGUCAUAUCCUUGAUCAUAUCCCUAACUUAAUUAGCCUUGAGGACAAUAAUUUCAUGUGUAGGAUACCAGAUGAAGAGGAAAUUAAACAGGCAGUUUGGGAUUUGAACCCUAACAGUGCAGCUGGCCCUGAUGGCUUUAAUGGGGACCCUCUCUCCCCACUGCUAUUUAUCAUUGCUAGUGAAGUCUUCUCGAGGAUGAUUAAAACAUCUAUGGAAAGGAAGUGUAUCCAAAGGUUCAACACAGGAAGGAAUUUCCUUGUCAGCCACUUAGCAUAUGCUGAUGACCUCAUAAUUUUCUUAAGAGGAGGAAUUAGAAACUUCUUAAAAUUCAGAGCCUUGAUAAAGGAGUACACAGAAGGGUCUGGACAGGAGGUUAACUACAACAAAUCUAGAUUCUAUGUUGGGAGAAAGCAAAGUGCUGAAUCCUAUGGGAAGGCUCAUCCUCAUUAAGCAUGUUCUUUCAUCAAUUCCUUUGCACUACUUGGCUAUACAUUGCCUGCCUUUAUCUAUUAUCAAUCAGCUGAAUAGGGUAAUGGCUAAUUUUUUGUGGGGUUACACAAAUGGUAAGGCCAAACAUCACUGGAGAAAAUGGGAAGCUAUUUGCAAACCUAAAGAAGAGGGAGGUCUGGGGUUGAGAAAUAUCAAGGAUCUGCAAAAGGCCUACUCUCUAAGAAUAUGGUGGAAGGCUCAGACGGGCAAUAGUAUAUGGGCCUUAUUCAUAAGAGACAAGUAUCUUAGGAGGAAUUCGUUCUGGGAAAAAAUAGUGGAUUCCCCU